AUGAAGACAUCAUUACCUUGCUCUCGGCAAGCACAUCGCAACGCACUCUCCGUAUUUCUUCCUCGAAGUACUAUAAAGAACACACAGAGAUGGAGCUCAUCUCUAUCGCAAAAGGCGGGCGCGGCAGGGAUAUGCUUCCCAGGCGCCCUUGACAGCAAGUUCACCAGCGCCCUCAAAUUCGAGCACCCCUCAACCCACCCCGCAAUCCGUACAUACCGCUGCACCAGCCCCGACGGCGACAUAAUUGACCCCUCCGUAAUACCUCCCCCCGACUCCCUCGCCCUCAAACUCUACGAAAACAUGCUCGCCGUCUCAAUCAUGGAUGUGAUAAUGUUCGAGGCGCAGCGACAAGGCCGUCUGAGCUUCUAUAUGACGAGCCAGGGCGAGGAGGGCACCUGUGUGGGCUCCGCGAGCGCAUUGGAGAAGGAGGAUGUGAUUUUCUUGCAGUAUAGAGAGUCGGGGGUGUUUAUGGAAAGGGGCUUUACAUUGGAGGAUUUUAUGAGCCAACUCGUUGCGAAUAAAAAUGAUCCCGGGAGAGGGAGGAAUAUGCCUGUGCAUUAUGGGAGUAAAGCUUUGAAUAUUCACACUAUAUCGUCCCCUCUCGCAACGCAAAUACCCCAAGCAGCAGGCGCUGCCUACGCUCUGAAAAUGCAACGGAGACAGAAUCCCGAAACACCACCUCGAGUAGUAGCAUGUUACUUUGGAGAAGGCGCCGCAAGUGAGGGAGACUUCCACGCUGCUCUAAACAUAGCAGCUACCCGCUCCUGCCCGGUAAUAUUCAUAUGCCGGAACAACGGAUACGCGAUCAGUACCCCAACACUAGAGCAAUACCGCGGGGAUGGAAUUGCCAGUCGAGGGAUUGGGUACGGCAUCGAUACAAUCCGAGUAGACGGCAACGAUAUAUGGGCCGUCCGGGAAGUAACCAAAAAAGCACGUGAGCUAGCAUUGACGGAUGGAGGUCGACCCGUCCUAAUUGAAGCCAUGUCCUACCGCAUAUCCCACCACAGCACGAGCGAUGACUCGUUCGCCUACCGUGCGAGGGUUGAAGUUGAGGACUGGAAACGAAGAGAUAACCCUAUAACACGCCUUCGAAAAUAUCUUGAGAAGAAGGGAGCAUGGGAUGACGAGAAAGAGGCCAAGGCUCGGAGUAGGAUCCGAGGUGAGGUGCUAAAGGCCUUUUCUGAGGCCGAGAAAGAGAAGAAACCAAGUUUGAGAACCAUGUUUGAGGACGUUUAUGAAGAGUUAACGCCCGAGCUCAGGGCGCAGAUGAAUGAGUUGAAGGAAGUUCUGCACAAGUAUCCGCAAGAGUAUGAUAUUACGGAGUUUGAAGGUGGGAGGGAAAGCUUGAAUAAGUGA